AUGGCGUCACUUCCAAAAAUUUCCACCGUCUUCACCUGGGCCGUCUAUUUGAUCCCCGUGUAUAUCUUCAUCCUUGACCCGCUGGUGCGCGGGUUCUUCCCGAGUCUGCUCGCACCACCCAGUGACAGCGACAACCUAUUCGACGAGUCCGGCUCACCAGGACCAGGAAUCAAUCUCACCGACGACAGCUUCAUCAGUCCGGAAGAUGGUGUACCAUUUAGCUGUCCCAGCGCAGAGGGCUACAGCGUGCAUCUCCUCUCGCGCGAACCGCUGAUCAUCUACAUCGAAAACUUCGUCUCCGAAACCGAAGCAAACCACAUCCUGGCUAUGAGUGUAAACAAAUACAGUCCUUCAAUCGUCUACGACGGCCAAACCGAACGGGUAGACCCCAAUAAACGCCUGUCCGACCGCGCCCUCCUUGACCGCGACGACACCGUCCGCUGUCUAGAAGACCGCGCCCGCGCCUUCCAGGGCUGGCGUCCGGACCUGUACAUCGAGCGCAUGUGGGCGCAGCGCUACAAUGUCUCCGGUCACUACCGCCACCACUAUGACUGGGCCGGGUCGUUGGCGCGGGGUGGGGACCGCUUCAGCACGUUUAUGGUAUAUCUCGAUGCGGACUGUGAGGGUGGGGGGACAAACUUUCCACGGUUGCGGAUGCCGGCUGGGGAGGGGUGGUGUCGGUUUUUGGAGUGUGAGCAGGGGAAUGGGAAGAGGAAGGGGGAGAUGGGUGUCACAUUCAAGCCUAUCAAGGGUAAUGCGGUGUUUUGGGAGAAUCUUCGGGCAGAUGGCACGGGGUACCCUGAGACUUGGCACGCUGCGUUUCCUGUUACAAAGGGGACGAAGGUCGGGUUGAAUGUGUGGAGUUGGUACCAACCAAAGCGGAAGAAUCGGUUAGGAAGGUGA